AUGGCCCGGGCGGCCUGAGCGGGGGCGGGGGGCGGCCCCAUGCGGCGCGGGUAGCGCCUGUCCCCGAGGGAGCGGAGCCGAGCGCCAUGGCCGACGCGGCGCCCGCCGAACCGGGGCCGGAGCCCCGGUGCGAACCGGAGCCCCGCUGCGAGCCCGAGCCGCGGCCGGAGCCGGAGCCCCAGCCCCAGCCGGAGCCCGAGCGCGGCGAGGCGCCGGCUGCGGACGGGGAGGCCGGGCGGCUGCCGCCCCCCGGGGCGGAGGAGGCGGCGGCGGAGGGCGCGGGCGGCGCCGAGGGGCGGCCGGCGGCGGGCGGAGCGGCGCGUCCCGGCCUGGGCCCGCGGUACCGGUCGUCGGUGGGUCGCACCGAGGAGUGGCCGGUGAAGAAGAAGCACCGCCGGCGGCCGUCGAAGAAGAAGCGGCGCUGGAAGCCCUACUCGAAGCUGAGCUGGGAGGAGAAGCAGCAGUUCGACGAGCGGCAGAGCCUCCGCGCCUCCCGGCUGCGCGCCGAGAUGUUCGCCAAGGGGCAGCCGGUGGCUCCCUACAACACCACGCAGUUCCUGAUGGAGGACCACGACCAGGAGGAGCCCGACCUGAAAACCGGGCUGUACCCGCGGCGGGCGGCCGCCAAGUCGGACGACACGAGCGAGGAGGAUUUCCUGGAGGAGGCGGCGGAGGAGGACGGGGGCAGCGACGGGAUGGGGGGGGACGGCAGCGAGUUUCUGCAGAGGGACUUCUCGGAGACCUACGAGCGGUACCAUGUGGAGAGCCUGCAGAACAUGAGCAAGCAGGAGCUGGUGAAGGAGUACCUGGAGCUGGAGAAGUGCCUCUCCCGCAUGGAGGAGGAGAACAACCGGCUGAGGAUGGAGAGCAAAAAACACGGGGGGGAAACGGCGGAGACGGCGCGGGUGCGGCAGCUGGAGCUGGAGGUGGACAGGUUGCGAGCCGAGAACCUGCAGCUGCUGAAGGAGAAGGACCUGCCCCGGCAGGAGAAAGGCCCCUGCAAGCUGGGGGAGUGACACUGGGGGGC